UCCUGGAAGCCGAGUCUUGACCCCGUGCCCUCGUUCUCUCCCGCGCUCGUCCGAAGUCGAGGCCUCCUCAGUUCGCGAAGUCCCGCAAUCGGGGAUCAGAACAGGCCUUUUUGUUUUGCAACUAUGCGGAAGUGAGGGAUCCCAGUUGUUGCUCGGGCGCUACUCUCCCGGCCAUUUUUGUCAUCUCGGGCCUCCUUUCGCCUCAACUGCAAAACGAGGCAAUUAGAAGUUUGCUGAGCUAAGUAAGGGCAGUGUGCCUGGCCCGGUCCUAGCGGUCCUCGGGGCCCAGCGGGGCUGGGUGCGGGUACCCCUACGCCGGUUGCGGGAACGCAGCCGCGGGCGUCCGUCUGGGGCGCAGACGGAAACAGGUGGGGUCCGCGGACGCCCCAGCCGCGGGGUCCCGGGGCCUUGCUCCUCCCCGGACAGGGCGGGACGGGGAAGUCCCGCCCAGAAGGCCCGGGCCCUGGGCGGCCCCCGGAGCUGCGCCCGCCUCCUUCCUGCCGCAGCGACCCCGGGCUCAGAGGGCGGGUCUGAGCCCAGAGGGGGAGAGGCUGGCGGGUCAUGCCCUGGUUGCCCCGCGCCGCGCUCCUUUGGGACUUGGUCCUGGGCUUUUUGGGCACCGCCGCCUUCCUGGUCGACCUGGGCGCCGACCUCUGGGCCGCCGGCCAGUAUGUGCUCAGCGGCCGCUACCUGUGGGCCGCGCUGGUGCUGGCGCUGCUGGGCCUCGCGUCUGUGGCGCUGCAGCUCUUCAGCUGGGUCUGGUUGCGCGCCGACCCCGUCGGCUUGCACGCGUCCCAGCCCCCAGGCCGCUGCCUGGCACUGCUGCAUCUCUUGCAGCUGGGCUACCUGUACAGGUGCGUGCAGGGGCUGCAGCAGGGGCUGCUGGUGUGGCAGCAGGAGGCGCCCUCUGACUUUGACCUGGCUUAUGCCGACUUCCUGACUCUGGACAUCAGCAUGCUGCGGCUCUUUGAGACCUUCUUGGAGACGACUCCACAGCUCACGCUGGUGCUGGCCAUUGUGUUGCAGAGCGGCGGGGCCGAGUCCUACCAGUGGGUCGGCAUCUGCACAUCCUUCGUGGGUAUCUCGUGGGCUCUGCUUGACUACCACCGGGCCUUGCGCACCUGCCUCCCCUCCAAGCCGCCCCUGGGGCCGGGCUCCUCUGUGGUCUACUUCCUGUGGAACCUGCUGCUGCUGUGGCCCCGAGUCUUCGUCGUGGCCCUCUUCUCAGCUCUCUUCCCCCACUAUGUGGCCCUGCACUUCUUGGGCCUGUGGCUGGUGCUGCUCUUUUGGGUCUGGCUUCAGGGCACGGACUUCAUGCCAGAUUCCUGCUCCGAGUGGCUGUACCGGGCAACCGUGGCUACCAUUCUUUAUUUCUCCUGGUUCAACGUGGCCGAGGGCCGUACCCGAGGCCGCGCCGCCAUCCACCUGGUGUUCCUCCUGAGUGACAGUGUUCUCGUGGCGGUCACCUGGCUGACUCACAUCGCCUGGCUGCCCAGUGGGAUCCCACUGCAGACAUUGCUGCCUGUGGGCGGUGUCUGCGUCCUCCUGGGCCUGGCUCUGCGGCUUGUCUACUACCGCUGGCUGCACCCUAGCUGCCGCUGGGAGCCUGACCGCGUGGAUGGGACCCGAGGCCUCGGCUCCCUCGAGUGGCGUCAGCUGCCUCAGAACAGGCGCAUGGCCCAGUUGGCUCAGAACUUUUUCCCCAGGGUUAGGGAUGAGGCUGCUUUGCCACAGAAGGGAGAGGUGAACGGGGUCCUUUGAGGCAGGGUCAGACCCAGCAGGGGACAGAACAGAUGGCAUCAGUUGGUGGAACCAAUUCACUCUUGAUUCACUCAAGAAGCACUUAAUGCCUGAUGUGCCGGGCAGUGGAGACCAGAGCUGAAUAAGGCAGAGGCCUGAUUUCAAGGACGAGAACGAGAUGAGAAAGGCCGGGCCCUGGAGGCUCAAGGGCCCUAGUUAUGUACAAGGCACUUUGGGAGGAAAGAAGAGACCGCCCCCCCCCCACCUUCCCCUGCCAACCAGUAUAGCUGGUGCCCCAAAGCUCCUAGUGCUGGCAUUUUCACCUCCCUGGCCGCCUCUAAAAUUGGUAGAGGUGCUGUCCUACCCCUUGGUUUUCCUUUCCUGGGCUAGAAGGUCCAGGACCUGCAGGAUGUGUUCUCCAGAAUUCUUCCUCCCUGCCCCACCUGUCAUCCAGUUCAUUCAACAAAUGUUUACUGGGAGCAAUUUCUGUGCCAGGAACAUUCUAUCCUUGGGACCUGAGCAGGAUCAGCUGCCGCCCGAGCUUCAUCUCUUACCCUCUCCAGCUACUCCUGAGUAGGCUCUCACGGUGGAAGCCGGGGAUGUCCAACUAGUGGCCCCUGUCAACCUCCCCAAGGCCUCUGUGCGGCUGGCCCAGACUCUGGUCCUGCUCUCUAGGGGCCAUCUUUCAACCAAGUGCUUCUGAAUCUGUGGUCUGGGCCAUGCCUCAGCCCAGAGUGUUUCUUAUACUUUAGGCAGUACACUUUCUACCUCAGAGUUGAUGUGGAGAGGAAGAGGUGUGUGCGCAUAUGUGUCUCUGCAAGUGGACACGUGUGUGUUGUUUUUGUUCAGUAUUAUUAACAGUAUUAUUACAGUAUUAUUAAAACCUCAUGGAACCCUCCAA